AUUCGACGAACUCAAAAUUAUUAAUUUAGUUAUUGAUUUCUAUCAUUCAUAUUAAUUAUCUACAACAUGGUCAACUAUAAUUUAUUAGUUAUUUGUUUUAUGAUUUAUUAUAUAUCUGUUAUGCAUGUAAAAUUUGCAGUGGAAGCAAAAUCUGAUUUUCAAUACCAGUAUAAAAAUUGUACAGGUGUUAUGGUUGAAUGCGGUUUGAUAAUACUAGACGAUGAACUUUAUCCUAAGGAUCAAGAAAAUUGGGAAAAUAUUGCUGUGGUGUUAGAUCCAAACAAUUUUGGUGAACCAGUACAAAGUUUUAUAAAGAAUGCGAAAAUGAUUGAAAUGGACAAACAACCUUGGGGAGGUCCAUUAUCAUUUUGUCGUAAAUACGCAAAUUGUGAAAUAACAUUAUAUUCAGAAAGGACAUAACAUUUGGAAUGUGUGUCAGGAUUGGAGAAAUAAAGAUUUUGUGUUUUUUUGUGUUCAAAUAAAUUAGUUAACUUUUAUUUUUUA